UCCAGGAACAGAGAAACGAUCUCUCCUAAAAGAGAUUACAAGUCUGUUCAGUGACUAUAAAUUAGGUUAGGACAACAGUAUAGGUACUGUUUUGUAAAGGAAGCAACAACUGUGGCACAGCUGCACAUUUGGAACCAGGAUGGGGCAGAUGUCGAUGUGGAUUGGCACAGCUGCGCUGAUACUUCUUCAAAAUGUUUCUGCCUUUAACUUGGUUUGUUACUUCACCAGCUGGUCCCAGUACAGGGAAGCCCCAGGGCGCUUUGUCACUGAUGACAUUGAGCCAGGUCUUUGUACCCACCUCAUUUAUGCUUUUGCUAAAAUAUCAGACAAUCGAAUCACCACCUUUGAAUGGAACGAUGAGAGUACCUAUGCAAAUCUCAGGGAACUUAAAACUAGGAAUGCCAAAUUGAAGAUUCUUCUGUCUGUUGGUGGAUAUAACAUAGGCCCUGUACCCUUCCGGAAUAUAAAUGCCUCUCCUAAAACACGCUCCGAUUUUGUGAUGUCUGUGAUAAGCUUUCUUCGGAGCAAUAGUUUCGAUGGGCUUGAUAUUGCUUGGCAUGGGGCAAGCCAGAAUGAUAAAAGGCUUUUGGUUAACCUGGUUCAGGAUCUGAAUAUGGCAUUUCACAAUGAGGCCCAGCGGAAUCCAAAGAAGCAGAAACUCACAUUGAGUGUAGCAGUACCAGCUGGAAAAGAAGCCAUUGAUACGGGCUAUGAUAUCCCGAAUAUUUCUAGAUUUGCAGAUUUCCUUAAUGUCCAGUCCUUUGAUUUUCAUGGUUAUUGGCCAGAUCAUAGUCACCCCUAUACCGGCCAUGGAAGUCCCCUUAGAAAGAGCAAAGCUGACAAAGGAUCUGCAUCCUCUUAUAAUGUUGACUAUGCUGUGAGAUAUUUGAAGACCAAAGGUGCCCCUAGUGGGAAAAUCAUCAUGGGAAUUCCUACCUAUGGGCAGACUUUCACUCUUUCUUCUGCACAGACUGGGAUUGGGGCCCCCGCCUCUGGCCCUGGGUUACCUGGCACAUUCACAAAAGUAGCAGGAACACUGGCUUAUUAUGAGAUUUGUAGUUUUAAUCAUGAUGCCAAGAAAGAAAGGAUUGAAGAACAAGAAGUCCCCUAUUCCUAUAAAGGGAACCAAUGGGUGGGAUAUGAAGAUGAGACAAGUGUUCAGACUAAGGUUCAGUAUGCAAAGAACAACAAUUUAGGAGGUGUUAUGGUUUGGUCACUUGAUCAAGAUGAUUUUUCAGGUACUUUCUGCAAGAAGGGCAAUUAUCCACUACUUGCUGCUAUUAAAAAUGAACUAAAUAAAUAAGAACCUGUAUUUGCAAAAAGACCAUUUUAAGUAUCAGUAGAAUCUUAUGGGUUUGGUCAAAUUUAGGCCUUUUUUUAGGGAUGUAAACAAAUGAUCAACUUAUCAUGUGCUUAUCAUGCUUGUUUCUAGAUACGUGCUAAAAGUUAUAUUACAAAUAACCAGUUACUACAUGCAUUAUUUCAUGAUUACUAUUACUCUUUUCCUAUUAAGUAUUAAAUAUUCCCAUUACUUCCACCUAUUUCUGCAUGCACUAUAUGGACUUUUGACAUUAUUGCCUAGGCCUUUA